AUUUUCUCAGUUGGCAUACGGAACAACACGUUGUGAAAUCGAGAAAAAUUCGAAUAUUCCUUUUUUUCUAGAGAUAUUAGUGAGCCUUUUAAAUAAGUAAAGGUUAUUGUGUCAUCUUUGUGCAUAAGAGUAAACUAAUAUGCCCGAAAUCGGCAAGAAAAUCGGCGAGUUGCGGGUGUGUGAUUUAAAGGAUGAGCUAGAAAAGCGCAAGCUGGAGACUGUGGGACCAAAGGCCGUGCUCAUCGAACGCCUUGAAAGAGCCUUAAAGGAGGAGGGCGUCGACCCCAACACACAUUUAAUUGUAUCGUCUGCAAAGGCAAAGAAGCCGAUGCCGAUGCCAAUGAAAGAAUCUAUGACCGAUGUUGUAAUCAAGGAAGAGCCUGUUGACCCCGAUGAAGAAAACCAAGCAGUGGGCGAAGAAUACGAAACAAAUGGAGAUGGCGAAGACAGUGCCCAUCACGCUGAUGAUGAUGGGCACGAAAUAGAUCAAGUGGGCGACGUCGACGAUGUCUGUGUGAUACUAGAUGACGAUGAAGAGGAAGAAGAGGAUGCAGAGGAGUACGACCAUGAGAAAAAUGGCAAUGAAGAAGCCGUUGAAGGAGACGCCGCCGAAGAAGGCGAAGGACCGACAGGCGACGAAGAGAUGCAGGAAGAGAAUACAGGCGACACUGUAAACAUGGACAAUGACGAGUCUAUCAACUUGACAAUUGGCGAAGAUGAGCAGAAACUUUUACAUGAUGAGGCCCCUGACGACAAGUCUAUUAAGUCGGUUAAACCGGCAAACAAAAUCGAAAAAUCGAGCGCGGUUUCUAAGGACGGAGACAAAAAGAUUCACAAGGAUGAUGAGAGCGCUCGAUCAAAGAAGAAGGAUGACAAGUCUAUUGAUAAAAAGGACUCUAGCGAUCAAAAGUUGGCUUCCAAAUCGUUGAACCAAAAAGACGAUAAAGAGAAAACAUCGACAACAGCAGCGGGCGCAGCAUCGGCAUCGGGUGCCGCUGCCAACAAGUCGGGCUCGGGCGGAGGCGCAGUUGCGGCUGGUGCUUCGUCUAGUGCUGUUGGGAAGCAGGCGUUGCUGUCACGUAAUCUUUGGGUGUCUGGUUUGUCUACAUUGACACGCGCCAGUGACUUGAAGGCCAUUUUCUCCAAGUUCGGCAAGGUGAUUGGAGCCAAGGUGGUCACCAACACCCGUACCCCAGGCACACGCUGUUACGGCUAUGUGACCAUGUCCUCAUCCGGGGAUGCUUCGCGGUGCAUUGAGAAUUUACAUCGUACGGAACUGCACGGCCGAAUAAUAUCAGUGGAACGCACCAAGAACGAAAUCGGCGGCAGCGCAAGUUCAUCCAAAGAUGCUGGUAAUAAGGGCAACAACAAGGCAAACAGCAAGUUAAACAAUGAGUCGAAGAAGAAGGAUGACGAUAAAAAGUCCGGCGCCAAGGGCAGUGGAGAUGAUAAGAAGGGGGGUGAAACUAGCGGGGAGAGCAAAAACUCAGGCGGGGAAUCCAGCAACAAGCGGGACGGCAAGGAUAAAGAUCGCAACAAGCCAUCACGCGACGACAAGGACAAGCCGUCGACGGGCAGUGACAAGCGCCACGAUCGUGAUCAUCGCUCUGGCACGGGUCACAAGUCUCAAAACCGAGACGAAUCCAACGAGCGCCGUUCGGGACGCCAACCACGCGACGUUGACCGUGAGAUUCAGCAGCGUCAGCGUGAGCGCGAGCGACGCCAGCGUGAGAUGCUAUCUUAUCAGAAGAUUCGUGAGGAGCGGGAGCGCCAGCGCUUGCGUGAACGGGAGCGUGAGCUACGCGAGGAGGAGCGACGACGUCGUGAGGCACGCGAACGUCAGCGUAUUGAGGAGGAACGUCUAGCCGAGGAGCGACGCAAGCUGGCCAUCGAACGGGAGCGCCUUGAGCGUGAGAAGGCCGAACUGCUGCGCAUGGAACGGGAGCGCCAGAAACUGGAGCGUGAGAAAAUCGAGCUGGAGCGCCUCGAGUUGAAGCGUCAACAGAUGAAGAUUAUGGAGUCACGUGAUGAUCCUGUUAAGCGUUCGCUAAGUAAGCGCACUGAUGAUCGCUAUACCGAUGUUACAGACCGCAAGCGUUCCGCGGUCUUUGAUGCUCCACCACCGCCGCGCUUUGAUGCUUCUUUGGUCAGCUCACGCAACACCAGCACUUAUGACAAGAAGCAUGAUGAUUAUGGCACCUCAUCGAGCUCCAAACGUGGUCUUGAUGACUACUCCAGUUCAAAGCGGCUAGAAUAUACCUCAAAUAAGCGUAGCGAUUAUGGUAGCUCCACUGGCACUAAACGUGGUGCCAUCGAUGAUUACGCAGCGGUGCCGAGCAAGCGAUCCGGCAAUGAUUAUGGCUCAAGCUCUAAGCACGAUUAUUCAUCAUCCACUACCAGUAAACGUGAUGAUUACAAACGCGAGGUGGAGGUACGUCAUUUGCCAGUUUCAUCUGGUGGCGUUGGCACUGGCGGAUCAAGCAGCUCAUAUGUUCACAAGAGCAACGCGGGCGGUGGUACUGGCUAUGUGCACAAGAACAACACUGGCAACGUUGCGAGUACUUAUGGUCACAAGAAUAACACAAGCGGUGGUAAUGGUGGGGGCGGUGGGCGCUACAAUGAUUCCGACCGCAGCAACACCUCCAAUUACAGACGUAGUGGUGUUGACGAUAUGUCUCAUAGCAACAAACGUUAUGAAAAUUCAACCAGCAGCGGAGCAGCUGGUGGCUAUGGUAGCAACUCAAACAACGUUAACAUAUGGGCACCAUCUGGCGGCGGCAGUAGCACUCAUCUAGGUGGUGGCGGCGGACAAUUGAAAUCCUACAGUAAUAAUGGAAUGUCAUCAAACAUGCAUGGCAACAACUCUUGGCAAAAGUCGACUACCCUUGAUGACAACUGGCGUCCAAUGCAGGCGCAGAGUCGUUUUGAUCGCAGCUACAACGAACGCUCCAGCGGGUAUCAGGGUAACAGUGGUGCCGGUGGGAUGUAUGGAGGUACUCGCCCAACACAGGAUCGCUACGGUGGCCAGGUGGCUCGUUAUUAGAUGGCGCUAAAAGCACACAACUUAUGAGGCAAUUGAAAACCCUUUCUAAUCACCAACCCAACAAACUUGAUCAAUUUUCCUUUAACGCUUUUGGCGUUUAUGUUAAUUUCUUUUAGUUGUAUCGAUUUAGCUUCUAAAACUACAUUAAAUAUCAUUAGAU